AUGGCGUCCACGCUGGGAUUGUGCCUAAUACUGCAAGUCAGCGCCAAGAGGCCCCCCAAGACACCACCCUGCCCGCCCAGCUGCUCCUGCACCAGGGACACCGCCUUCUGCGUGGACUCGAAGGCAGUGCCCAGAAACCUGCCCUCAGAGGUCAUCUCCCUGACGCUGGUGAACGCUGCCUUCUCGGAGAUCCAGGAGGGAGCAUUCGCCCACGUGCCGCUGCUGCAGUUCCUGUUACUCAACUCCAACAAGUUCACGCUGAUCGGGGACAAUGCCUUCACUGGGCUGUCGCACCUGCAGUACCUCUUCAUUGAGAACAAUGACAUCUGGGCACUCUCCAAGUUUACCUUCAGGGGGCUCAAGUCCUUGACACACCUCUCGCUGGCCAACAAUAACUUGCAGACACUGCCUCGAGACAUCUUUCGGCCCCUGGACAUCCUGAGUGACUUAGACCUCCGGGGCAACGCAUUCAGCUGUGACUGCAAGGUGAAGUGGCUGGUGGAGUGGCUGGCACACACCAACACCACCGUGGCUCCCAUCUACUGCACCAGCCCUCCCCGGUUCCAGGAACACAAGGUGCAAGACCUGCCCCUGCGAGAGUUUGACUGCAUUACCACUGACUUCGUACUGUACCAGACCCUGUCCUUCCCAGCGGUGUCAGCUGAGCCCUUCCUUUACUCCAGCGACCUCUACCUGGCACUGGCCCAGCCCAGUGCCAGUGCCUGCACCAUCCUCAAGUGGGACUAUGUGGAGCGACAGCUGCGAGACUAUGAUAGAAUCCCAGCCCCCUCGGCGGUGCACUGUAAACCCAUGGUGGUGGACAGCCAGCUAUAUGUGGUCGUGGCACAGCUAUUUGGUGGCUCUUACAUUUACCACUGGGACCCCAAUACCACGCGCUUUACCAAGCUACAAGACAUCGACCCCCAGCGUGUUCGCAAGCCCAACGAUUUGGAAGCCUUCCGCAUCGAUGGGGACUGGUACUUUGCUGUGGCUGACAGCUCCAAGGCUGGUGCCACCAGUCUCUACCGCUGGCACCAGAAUGGCUUCUACUCCCACCAGGCCCUACACACCUGGCACCGCGACACCGACCUGGAAUUUGUGGAUGGCGAGGGCAAACCUCGGCUGAUUGUGUCUAGCAGUUCCCAGGCACCGGUCAUCUACCAGUGGAGUCGAACACAGAAGCAGUUUGUGGCCCAGAGUGAGGUGACCCAGGUGCCUGAUGCCCAGGCGGUGAAACACUUCCGCGCCGGCCGAGACAGCUACCUGUGCCUCAGCCGCUACAUCGGGGACUCCAAGAUCCUGCGCUGGGAGGGUACCCGCUUCUCCGAGGUGCAGGCCCUGCCCUCCAGGGGCUCGCUGGCCCUGCAGCCCUUCCUGGUGGGAGGCCGCCGCUACCUGGCGCUGGGCAGCGACUUCUCCUUCACCCAGAUCUACCAGUGGGAUGAGGGGCGGCAGAAGUUUGUGCGCUUCCAGGAGCUGGCUGUGCAGGCCCCGAGGGCCUUCUGCUACAUGCCGGCUGGCGACGCCCAGCUGCUCCUGGCCCCCAGCUUCAAGGGACAAACCCUUGUGUACCGACACGUCGUGGUGGAUCUCAGUGCCUAGAGGGUGCCCAGUCCCUCCGGGUUCCUCAGGGCAGCCGCUAGGGGCUGGUGUGGGAGCAGUGUGUGUGCCCGUGUGGAAGGUACAUGUAGCCAACUUGCACAUACAUGCACACACCAUGGGCAAGUCCAGGGGGCCCAGCAUCCCAGAUGUAAUCCGCAUGAACAAUUUGUAUAUAUCCCAGGUACACCCGGGCAGCCCAGCCCACCACCGUGCCCCCUCGACAUGGCCCACCCUGCAGCCCCAUCAUCCUGCUGCCUCCGUGACUCGUGCACAUACUCAUGGCUGGGAGAGGGGUGCUGGGAGGGAGGACUCUCACCCUCGCUGGUCUUUCCCCGUUGGUGCUCCAGGUGUUGGUUGACCUACUCACCUCUCCAUCGCAGCCAACAGCCAUAUCUACCAGUGUUCUUCUUCAGCCAUGCUGGCCCCACCCAGUGACACACGCACACGUCCCUGUCAGUACCCCUGUUUCCAUAUACACGGAUCCAGGAGUGUGUGUGCGUGCGUGCGUGCGUGCGUGCGUGCCUACAGAGUCAGCUCUGCCCCCAAGGGCCCCUUUGCUGUUCUUGGGCUCUGCACGGUACCUGUUCUUGCUCUGCUCACACUUCCCCACUCCCACCCAGCUCCCUGCUGCUGACAAGCUGGGGAAUGGUGGUCCCAGCCUCUGUGCUCCAGCUUGACCAGCUUCUGGGGGCCAAUCCCCCACUGCCCCAAAGCAAUAAUAAUAAUAAUAAUAAUGACACCAACAGCAGACCUGGGGUUCUCUCUGUGCUGCCUCUGAUCUCACUGGAGGGGCCUGACUCCCCACUCACCUGUGACCAGGAGGCCACCCAGGUGAAAGCCUUCUUGCUUCUCUUCUCUGUAACUGCUGCUGUGGAGACCUUGGGCCAGCCACAUCCUGGGCCUGUGGCCUCGAGGCCACACCCAGGAACCUGCAGACACACUACCUAUGCAGGUGCCAGGAUCAGAGCUCCCUUGCGCACAAUUGGAGGGUUCUCUUAAAUCACGGGGUACCCACCCCCACCCCCAAGCUUCUCUGCCUUUCCGAGGGGGUGAGGGGCCUGCAGGAGGGGCGGCACCUGGAGCCAGGCUUCUGCUGCCCUCUGCUGUCAGCUGGGAACAUAGACCUCUGAGCUGGAAGGCCUAAGGAAGGGGGAUGGAAGGGGGUGUCUUCCCUGUGUCCAAGGUUUUGUGAGGGUUUCCUGGGGCAGGAUGCCCAGGGGCACUUAGGGGCAAUGCUAUGAUUCACUUGCUUCAAAUAAAAAGUUUGAACCCCCUU